CGAUGCCUAGACCCACCGGCUGCACCCCAUGUACACAGAUACACACACACUCUACCUUCACAAGCUGCUACCGCCGUUCCAAGGGCUGAUAUUUGUGGACAUGGCUGGACUCCUGUGUGGGACCAAGAGGAAGAAACAAGUGAGUGACCUCACUGAAGAGGGCAAGAAUGCCAUCAACGCCCCCAUGCUGCCCUCUGGGACCGAAAUCCACCCUGAGGACACGCUGCUAGAAGAGAAUGCUGAGAGGAACAUGCUGGACCCAACAUCCAGAGAAAAUCCUAAAUUCAAAGACCUUCAGAAGGUACUGAUAGAUUGGAUCAACAAUGAGCUGGAAGAGGACAGGAUCAUUGUCAAAGACCUGGAAGAAGAUUGCUAUGAUGGGCAGGUGCUUCAGAAGUUAUUUGAGAAGCUGUGUGGAAGGAAGCUGAACGUAGCGGAGGUGACCCAGUCUGAGAUCGGCCAGAAGCAAAAACUCCAGAUGGUUCUGGAAGCCGUGAACGAGCAGCUCCGGCCUCACGGAUGGUCCAUCGAGUGGAGUGUGGACUCUAUCCAUUCUAAAAACCUGGUGUCCAUCAUCUAUCUGCUGGUGGCCCUUGCUAUGCACUUCCUGGCUCCCAUUCGGCUGCCUGAGCACGUGUCUGUACAGGUGGUGGUGGUCAAGAAACGAGAGGGCAUAUUGCAGACGUCUCAUGUGACCAAGGAGCUAACUAGCACGACAGAGAUGAUGGUGGGUCGAUUUGAUAGGGAUGCUUUUGACACGCUCCUGGAUCACGCCCCCGACAAACUCAACGUUGUCAAAAAGUCGCUCAUCACAUUUGUAAACAAACACCUGAACAAGCUGAACCUUGAGGUGACAGAGCUGGAGUCUCAGUUUGCUGAUGGUGUGUAUCUGGUGCUGUUAAUGGGGCUGCUGGAAGACUAUUUUGUCCCCCUCUACAACUUUUUCCUGACGCCAGAGAGCUUUGAACAGAAGGUCCACAAUGUGGCGUUUGCCUUUGAGCUGAUGCAAGAUGGAGGACUGAAGAAACCCAAAGCUAGACCCGAAGACGUUGUCAACUUGAACCUGAAGUCCACUCUGAGGGUCUUGUACAACCUGUUCACCAACUACAAGAACUCUGACUAAGCCAUGGAAGGACACUGCUCAUAACAGAAGGUGGAACUUCCUCUAAAUCCACACUCCAUGGAAAUCUGGACCCAGAGUUCACACUGGGACUGUAUCCUAGAAAACACGAUACUGGAUACAGGAUACUUUCUUUGUGCUCUGUACUCACUACAGCGUUGUGUUGGACCUGGACAGAUCCAGGUAGAAUGGCCUGAGGAGUCUCUUAAUGUUAGUAUUUAAUCACGCUAAAUGUCAGUAUUUAUUUAAGAUGUCCUGUAUGCUAAGGCUAAACCUCACCCCUCCAAUCUUUUGCUACGUGCCUGAACUGUCAGCACUGGGAAGAAUACGGAUACCCUUGUUUGCCAUGUUAUUAUGAACUAAAGAACACCCCCGAGUUAUUUUAUGCAAAGAGCCACUACUGCUUAUGAAUGCGAUUCACUGCUUGGAUGGCUUGCUGAAUAUUGUAUUUCUGCAAGAUAUGAAUAUGACAUACUCUUUAAUUCCAUGUCCUCCCCUCGACACCAUCUCUCAGAAUGCUCCCAACCGAUUGUAGAGCCAUAUUUCCUAGCUGUUGCUAGCACUGUUGCCUCCUGCCUUAAGUGCCAUGUUAUUCUCCGAGCAGGGCAGACCAUGGAGUAGCUUUUCAGUAAUCCUCCUUUCAGAGUGGUCUCGGUGGAGCUUCCCCCUGAACACAGCGCAGCAGCCUGAGAGCAGAGAGACCCUCUCAUGCAUUCUAGACCCAGGUUGAAUUAUUGAGAGGCUGUGAGUCAAGUUGGGAUGAGAAGCAGAGGAGAUGUACAUGUUUCUGCUCGGCGGUUGUUCGCCCGUGGAUGUGACCGUCAAGAAAUAAAUGUUUCAAUGUUUCAACCAUG